GCUGUCCUGUUUGUUUCUUGCAGCUGCUCAGAUGGAAGAUAAAAAGCCCUUUAUCCUCUCUUCCAUGAGGCUUCCUCUCCUGGACACCAACAGCAAGGUGAAGCGGGCAGUGGUGCAGGUGAUCAGUGCCAUGGCCCACCACGGCUACCUGGAGCAGCCUGGAGGUGAGGUGAUGAUUGAGUACAUCGUGCAGCAGUGCGCGCUGCCCCCCGAGCAGGAGAGAUGGGAUCACACUAUGUUGCCCAGGUUGCUUUUGAACUC